AUGAGAAAGUUGGCCAUUAAUUCGCCGAAGAGCGGCGCUGCAAUUAUUUCCUCGAAGCUGAAAUGUUGCUCGUUCGAACAGACCGCACCGUGGGAACGGUUGGAAAGUUUAACUUUCAUCGGUGAACAGGCAGGCGAUGUAACUACAGUGGAGGGCGACGGCGACGGCGACGGCGAAGGCGAAGGCGAAGGCGAAGGCGAAGGCGAGGGCGAGGGCGAGGGCGACGACGAGAGCGACCGGCAAGGCAAGCGGCGUCGCCCUGGUUUUGCCGUCUGGCGUGCGCGCCAGAAGCGCAGACGUGCGCGUGAUUGGCCAUUGCGUGACCUUCUGCGGCGCUUGUCGACCGGACGCGACGUCCGCUCGGCGAACAAGUAUCGACGCCGGCAAGCUGGUCGGUCGGUACGACGGACAACGGCAGCGCGCGCCGAUCACUUAUUGUUUACAUGGCGAAUGUCGGCGGCCAUGACGCCGAUGCCAGCGCGCGCGGUGCAUGACGACGACGGCGUGUUGCCGCUACAGCCGGAAAAGACGGUGUGA